UGUACUUCUCUUUUGUGCCUAAAGAAAGGUGGAGCUGGGGUUAGAGCUGCUUGGCAUCGUUUGGGGUCAAGUUGGUGGCAUCACCUCUGCCUCAGUUUCUCCCCAUAUAAGCAGAGGUAGAAAAAUUAGAAGGAGGAAGAAUUAGGGAGGAUUGGAGAUGCUGAGCCCCCUGAUUAUUUGGGCAUUGCACGUUACUCAGAGGAGAGCCACGUGCUUCAUUGAAACCCUAUCCAGGUCAGGGGGGCAAACUGAACGUUUAACAUACUGCAGCAGUCUGGGAAGUGUCCCGGCUGGCUGAUUCAGGCAGAGGACCAGUUGUUGGAUGCUGAGACACAGCACUGCUCAGGAAAAACUGUGUGCUAAAAGCUCUUCCUUUUAUUUUUGCCAUUUACCACCAAUGAGUUCCCAGAAAAACUGUACACAAAACCAGACAGCAAGUAAUUCAGCUGCGUAAGCACACGGGAGAGAUUCCUUAAGCACCUUCAUUUUUGUGAUGUACACCAGCUGGAAUUGGUGCACAGAAUGCAUCCCAUGUUCUUUUACACAUAAAGAACAUUUAGUGCUGGUUGCCUCUGUGAUACUCAGUGUAAAAAAUCAACUCACAGUUCUGUUAAAAUUACUGGUUAAAAUCACUUUCCUCUAAGCUGCCUGCUAAGCAACUGCCAGAGUGGGGAAAAAAUACACCUGCACUGAACGCUAGGAACUAAGGAGCUUUUGACUUUGCAUUGCAAUGAAGGACAUAGUCAGAUUCUGUUUUUUUUCUUUUGUUGCCCUUGCAGCAUGCUUGGGAACAACUUGUAUCAAAAGUUUUUCAUUCUUGCUCUGCCCACACUGAGUGAGCUAAAAUUUGAGCAUAACAGUGCUGAGGCAGAAACAGGGGGAAAAUCCCAUCUUUACACAGGGAGCAGCUUCUGUGUGGGCAUAGCCAAGAGCUUUUCCUAUAGCUCUGUACCUGUACAUCUUUAAGUGACGCUUAAGCAAGCAGGCUUCCCCCGACUUCCACUGGCAGAAGCUCCAGACUUCAGUUGAUUUUGCACAAGGUAGGCUCCUAGCAUUACAACUGGGAGAAAUGUGAUGAAGCUUGACCAAAAUGUCACACAUACGGGGUGUAGUGGUAAGUAGAGGCCAGAAUCAGGCACCUCGAGGAUGCUGUUUUCCCCACCCAGCACCUUCUGGCGGUUGCAUCUAGAUGCAUUUACAGGACUGGGAGAACUAACAGUGGAAAUGAAACUGGAAAUCACACUUUUGCCUGCUAUCUGUGAAAGCUGAGAUAGGAAGAUAAUUUCCUUUCAAGAAGAUUUUCUAAUGUAUUUAGAUGUAAAGAUACUGUUUAAAGUAUAAAUGUGAAAGGGGAAAGGGUGAUGGAGAUAGUGGCCAGAACAUACUGAUGUCCAGUGCCCACAGUCAUAUGAAAGGCCAUGAGGACGGUCAGCGGCAACCUCAGGGCCAGGAUUCUAUGUCCUGUGAAGCUGUGCCAUGGGCUUUCAUGGAUAUUGAGGGAAAGCUCAAGCUGCACAUCUUAACCACAUAGAUGGUUCACAGCAGUCUUUAAAGAGAAAUACUCAGGACAUCCCCAGUGUCAGCACUGAGUCAUGAAAUGGCCCUGAUAGGAACAUGCAGUCACAGCUGACAUCUUCCUUCACCUUGAGAGCUUUGAUGUCCCUAUGUCCGCUUUCCUCCUCACAGCCUUCCUACCACCACUCCACCAUGUGGCAUCUGAUCCUGUGGACACCGCACCCCAGGUUUUCACCAAAGAACUUAAAGCUGGUCACCAUCUACAUGCUGGUGCUCCUGGUAUCACUCAGCUUUGCUUCGAGACAGAGCAGACCUUUUAAACAUCAAAUAGACAACAGAAGCCCCGAGAUUGAUCCCUUUUGGUACGUGGGACGUGGCGUUCGACCCAUUGGUCGGUUUGGGAAGAGGCAGCUGAGAGGUGGCCGUGGAAGCUUAAGGCCUGUGAGCAGGCGCCUGGAUUUCCUCCUGAACGCCUUGUGGGAGCAGGAAGUGUUGGAUGCAGAGGACAGUGACUGGUGAUGGCUGUGUCCCGAGGCGGUGAACUAACCUCUGCUCUCCGAGUUGCCCCUGCCCUGCACCUCAGGGCUCUGCUUUUGCCUGGCAAUCCCAUGCUGCUCCUCUCUCUGCUCUGGCAAAUUCUUUCAAGAAGAAACACACUGAGGGUAGAGGUAAAAGGCAAUGCGUUGAUGCCAGCACUAAGUGUAACCAUAGCUUUAAAAAGUGUUUUUUCUCUCUUUAAUCACCACCAUUCCCUUCUCUAAGCUGUGAUGAUGCUGCACACUGUAACGUUACCCUUACCCAAAAUCCAAAGAGCUCCUGUGCUGGGAUUUAAACUCAGCAGUGUUAUUGUACCAUGAAACCCUCCUGUCACAUUUUAAAGUCAGUGGCUGUUGGUAUGCAAAAAUAAAAAGCAAUGGUUGGAUGAAAGAAAAAAGGCUCUCGUUACUUUUUAAUGUACCUGCAUUAACAGCAUGAAAUCUGUAGCUUUUAUGCAGAUUGUUAACAUUCACUUGUGGUAAUACAGCCCUGAACUACACUCUGGCCUUUUAUCAUUCUUGCUGUGCUACUGAAAAUAUAUUAAUGAAAAAAAAGGGGCUUCUGUCAAAGAU